CACUAGCAAUUCUGGAAAAAAUGAUUGAAGAUACGCAAUUGUGGAGCGAAGCGGGCGACAAGCAGGAGAUGGCCUUCUACCGACGCUUCGCUAGCUAUCUGGACACACUGCUGAUUAAAACUGGCUGCUCUAGCAGCAAAAUUGCAAUUGAAACUAACAAACAGUUAUUCCACGCCGAAGAUUUAUCAGCAACGUAUGUACGCAAAAUAGAUUUGAUACUGAGAUACAAUGAUCGCAAGAGUAUAGAUCUAUGUAGUAAUGAGUGGAAGAGGUCGAAGGUGACUUCUGAAUUAAAAUUAAAGCAGCAAUCAAAAAAUUUGCGCGUAAAUGCUUCCAUCAUGAACAGCCUGCAUUCAUUUGGUGCCUCUCCCUCAUCUCUUUUAACAAUGGAUAUGAUAGGUUUACACGGCUACAUCUACCAGUUGACAAAAGUAGAUGACUACUUCAUUGCAACCCCUUACUCAGUUCUUGUAAUACCAAGACGUUUUUCAGAUAUUGCUUAUAUUGAAAAUACACUCCUAGCUCUUUUCAAAUUCAAGGUAAAUGUCUUUUUCGUUUACAAGCGCACAGCCGCGUUGAAUUGACAUCAACAUUUAAUAGAAUUUUUAUACAUCAUUGAUUCCUGCAUUAAGAAAGAGAAUUGUUACAAAUAUGUACAGUAGUAUUGGAAGCGUUUGUGAGAUAGAUGUCGCUGUCUCUGAUAGUACUCAUGUCAAUCAAAAUUUUAUAUUUUUUAAGUCUAAAAAAGAAAAGCGUGGUAUCCCUGAGUCGUAGUAUACCCUUUGCAGUUAAUAAUUGUCAUAAAAAUUUCAUUUAUGUAUAGCUAUAAUGUGAUAUAUUGACGUGAAAUCUAGAGUUAAAGAUAGAUUUGAUCUAUCAUAGUCAUUGACAUCAAUAAUAAUCUUUGAAGCAAAAUAAAAUAAUAAACCUUAUAAUUGAAGCUUUAUUUCC